CACAUAAAUUGAGACAUGGGGAGUAAUAUUUCUUUCCUAAAUUUUUCGUGUGAAGUCAAAUUAAUUCAUAUAAAAUGAGACGAAAGGAGUACUGUUUAAUAGUAAUUGCAUAUGGUAGUAAAUUUGAUAGACAUGGUCCCGUGGGAGUGUGUGUUAUUUCCAUUGAAUAAUUGAGUUUGUAAUUGUUACAAGUCCAUUCUAAUUUCCAACACCUUACUUCAUUUCAAAAAUAUACUCUAUGGCUGAAGCUUUCCUUCAAAUUAUGUUAGAGAAUCUGACUUGUUUCAUCCAAGGGGAACUUGGAUUGAUUCUUGGUUUUAAGGAUGAGUUCGAAAAGCUUCAAAGCACGUUUACUACAAUCCAAGCUGUGGUACAAGAUGCUCAGUUGAAGCAAUUGAAGGACAAGGCAAUUGAAAAUUGGUUGCAGAAACUCAAUGGUGCUGCAUAUGAAGCUGAUGACAUCUUGGACGAAUGUAAAACUGAGGCACCAAUUAUACAGAAGAAGAAUAAAUAUGGGUGUUAUCAUCCAAACGUUAUCACUUUCCGUCACAAGAUUGGGAAAAGGAUGAAAAAGAUUAUGGAGAAACUAGAUGCAAUUGCAGCGGAACGAAUUAAGUUUCAUUUGGAUGAAAGGACUAUAGAGAGACAAGUUGCUACACGCCAAACAGGUUUUGUUUUAAAUGAACCACAAGUUUAUGGAAGAGACAAAGAUAAGGAUGAGAUAGUGAAAAUCCUGAUAAACAAUGCCCAAACACUUUCAGUCCUCCCAAUACUUGGUAUGGGGGGAUUAGGAAAGACGACCCUUGCCCAAAUGGUCUUCAAUGAUCAGAGAGUAAUUGAACAUUUCCAUCCCAAAAUAUGGAUUUGUGUCUCGGAAGAUUUUAAUGAAAAGAGGUUGAUAAAGGAAAUUGUAGAAUCUAUUGAAGAAAAGUCACUUGGUGACAUGGACUUGGCUCCACUUCAAAAGAAGCUUCAGGACUUGCUGAAUGGAAAAAAAUAUUUGCUUGUCUUAGAUGAUGUUUGGAAUGAAGAUCAAGAUAAGUGGGCUAAGUUAAGACAAGUCUUGAAGGCUGGAGCAAGUGGUGCUUAUGUUCUAACCACUACCCGUCUUGAAAAGGUUGGAUCAAUCAUGGGGACAUUGCAACCAUAUGAAUUGUCAAAUUUGUCUCAAGAAGAUUGUUGGUUGUUGUUCAUGCAACGUGCAUUUGGGCACCAAGAAGAAAUGAAUCUUAAUCUAGUGGCUAUCGGAAAGGUGAUUGUGAAAAAAUGUGGUGGUGUGCCUCUAGCAGCUAAAACUCUUGGAGGUAUUUUGCGCUUCAAGAGAGAAGAAAGACAGUGGGAACAUGUGAGAGAUAGUUAGAUUUGGAAUUUACCUCAAGAUGAAAGUUCUAUUUUGCCUGCCCUGAGACUUAGUUACCAUCACCUUCCACUUGAUUUGAGACAAUGCUUUUCAUAUUGUGCAGUAUUCCCAAAGGAUACCAAAAUGGAAAAGGAAAAUCUAAUCUCUCUCUGGAUGGCACAUAGUUUUCUUUUAUCAAAAGGAAACUUGGAGCUAGAGGAUGUAGGUAAUGAAGUAUGGAAUGAAUUAUACUUGAGGUCUUUUUUCCAAGAGAUUGAAGUUAAAUAUGAUCAAACUUAUUUCAAGAUGCAUGAUCUCAUUCAUGAUUUGGCAACAUCUCUAUUUUCAGCAAGCACAUCAAGCAGCAAUAUCCGAGAAAUAAAUGUAGAAGGUUACCUACAUAUGAUGUCGAUUGGUUUCGCAAAAGUGGUGUCUUCUUACUCUCCUCCUCACUUGCAAAAGUUUGUCUCAUUGAGGGUUCUUAAUCUAAGUUCCAUGGGACUUAAGCAGUUACCGUCCUCCAUUGGAGAUCUAGUACAUUUAAGAUACUUGAACCUCUCCAAUAACAUGCGUACUCUUCCAAAGCAGUUAUGCAAGCUUCAAAAUCUGCAGACUCUUAAUGUAGAGUAUUGCUGGUCACUUUGUUGUUUGCCAAAAGAAACAAGUAAACUUGGUAGUCUCCGAAAUCUCUUACUUGAUGGUUGCGAUGGAUUGGAUUCUAUGCCACCAAGGAUAGGAUCUUUGACAUGCCUUAAGACUCUAAGUUUCUUUGUUAUUGGCGAGAGAAAAGAUUCUCUACUUGGUGAAUUACGAAACCUGAAUUUGUAUGGGUCAAUUGAAAUCACGCAUCUUGAGAGAGUGAAGAAUGAUAGGGAUGCAAAAGAAGCCAAUUUAUCUGCAAAAGAAAAUCUGCAUUCUUUAAGCAUGACUUGGAAAGGACGGCAUAGAUAUGAAUCAGAAGAAGUUGAAGUGCUUGAAGCCCUCAAACCACACUCCAAUGUGACUGGUUUAACAAUCACUGGCUUCAGAGGAUUCCGUCUUCCAAAGUGGAUGAAUCACUCAGUUUUGAAAAAUGUUGUCUCUAUUGCAAUUAGAGGUUGUGAAAACUGCUCAUGCUUACCACCGUUUGGUGAUCUGCCUUGUCUUGAAAGUCUAGAGUUAGGAGAUGGGUCUGCGGAACUGGAGUAUGUUGAAGAUUCUGGAUUCCCUACAAGAAGAAGGUUUCCAUCUCUGAGAAAACUUAUUAUAGUCAAUUUCGAUAAUCUGAAAGGAUUGCUGAAAGAGGCAGGAGAAGAGCAAUUCCCCGUGCUUGAAGAGAUGACAAUUAGCUGGUGUCCUGUGCUUGUUAUUCCGACCCUUUCUUCUGUCAAGAAAUUGGUAGUUAAUCGGAACAUGUCAGAUGCAAUAGGUUUGAGGUCCAUAUAUAAUCUUAGGGCUCUUACUUCCCUCAACAUUAGCCAUAACUUGACAGCUACUUCGCUCCCAGAAGAGAUGUUCAAAAGCCUUGCAAAUCUCAAAUACUUGGAAAUCUCUUUCAUCUUCAAUCUCAAAGAGCUGCCAAACAGCCUGGCUAGUCUCAAUGCUUUGAAGCAUCUGAAAAUUGAAUAUUGUGACGCACUCGAGAGUCUCCCCGAGGAAGGGGUGAAAGGUUUAACUUCACUCACAGAAUUAUCCAUAACAAAUUGUAAGAGGCUAAAAUGUUUACCGGAGGGAUUGCAGCACCUAACAAAUUUAUCAGUUAGGGAAUGUCCAACACUGGCCAAGCGGUGUGAGAAGGGAAUAGGACAAGACUGGUACAAAAUUGCUCACAUUCCUCAUCUGCUUAUUACUAAUGAGAUAUUCACAACAAUUCCACCAAUCUACCCUCCCUCCACAUACAUGGCUGAAGCUUUCCUUCAAAUUUUGUUGAAAAAUUUGACUUCUUUCAUACAAGAGGAACUUGGAUUGUUUUUUGGUUUUAAGAACGAGUUUGAAAAUCUUAAAAGCACGUUUACUACGAUCCAAGCUGUGCUUGAAGAUGCUCAGGAGAAGCAACUGAAGGACAAGCCACUAGAAAAUUGGUUGCAGAAACUCAAUAUUGCUGCAUAUGAAGUUGAUGACAUCUUGGAUGAAUGUCAAACUGAGGCAGCAAGACUCAAUCAGACUAAAUAUGGGAGUUAUCAUCCAAAGGCUAUCGCUUUCCGUUACAAGAUUGGGAAAAGGAUGAAAGAGAUAAUGGAGAGACUAGAUGCAAUUGCUGCAGAACGAAGCAAGUUUCAUUUGGAAAAAAGGACUACAGAGAGAGAAGCUGCUAGACGAGAAACAGGUUUUGUUUUAACUGAACCAGAACCUUAUGGAAGAGACAAAGAGGAAGAUGAGAUAGUGAAAAUCCUGAUAAACAAUGCCCAACAACUUUCGGUCCUCCCAAUACUUGGUAUGGGGGGGCUAGGAAAAUCGACGCUUGCCCAGAUGGUCUUCAAUGAUCAGAGAGUAACUGACCAUUUCCAUCCCAAAAUAUGGAUUUGUGUCUCAGAAGAUUUUGAUGAGAAGAAGUUGAUAAAAGCAAUUGUUGAAUCUAUCGAAGGAAACCCACUUGGUGACCACAUGGAUUUGGCUCCACUUCAAAAGAAGCUUCAGGACAGGUUGAAUGGAAAGAGAUACUUUCUCGUUUUGGAUGAUGUUUGGAAUGAAAAUCAAGAAAAGUGGGAUAAGAUAAAAGCAGUCUUAGAGGUUGGAGCACGAGGUGCUUCUGUUCUAACCACCACUCGUCUUAAAAAGGUUGGAUCAAUUAUGGGAACUUUGCAACCAUAUGAAUUGUCAAAUCUGUCUCAAGAAGAUUGUUGGUUGUUGUUCAUGAAACGUGCAUUUGAGAACCAAGAAAAAAUAAAUCCUAACCUUGUGGCUAUCGGAAAGGAGAUUGUCAAAAAAAGUGGUGGUGUGCCUCUAGCCGCCAAGACUCUUGGAGGUCUUUUGCGCUUCGUGGAUCAAGAAAGAGAAUGGGAACAUGUGAGAGAUAAUGAGAUUUGGAAUCUGCCUCAAGAUGAAAGUUCUAUUCUGCCUGCCCUGAGACUUAGUUAUCAUCAUCUUCCAGUUGAUUUGACACAAAGUUUUGCAUAUUGUGCAGUAUUCCCAAAGGACACGGUAAUGGAAAAAGGAAAUCUAAUCUCUCUCUGGAUGGCACACGGUUUUCUUUUAUCGAAAGAAAACUUGGAGCUAGAGGAUGUAGGUAAUCAAGUAAGGAAUGAAUUAUACUUGAGGUCUUUUUUCCAAGAGAUUGAAUUUAAAGAUGGUAAAACUUAUUUCAAGAUGCAUGAUCUCAUCCAUGAUUUGGCAACAUCUCUAUUUUCGGCAAGAGCAUCAAGCAACAAUAUCCGUGAAAUAAAUGUAAAACGGAACCCACAUAUGAUGUUGAUUGGUUUCGCAAAAUUGGUGUCUUCUUACUCUCCUUCUCACUUGCAAAAGUUUGUGUCGUUGAGGGUGCUUAAUCUAAGUAAUUUAAGUCUUAAGCGUUUACCGUCUUCCAUUGGAGAUCUAGUACAUUUAAGAUACUUGAACCUCUCUCUCAAUAACAUGCGUAGUCUUCCAGAGCAGUUAUGCAAGCUUCAAAAUCUGCAGACUCUUAAUCUACAGAAUUGCUGGUCACUUUGUUGUUUGCCAAAUCAAACAAGUCAACUUAGCAGUCUCAGAAAUCUUUUACUUGAUGUUUGCUUUGAAUUGGAUUCUAUGCCACCAAGGAUAGGAUCUUUGACAUGCCUUAAGACUCUAAGUAGAUUUGCAGUGGGGAGGAGGAAAAGUUGUCCACUUGGUGAAUUACGAAACCUGAAUCUGUAUGGGUCAAUUGAAAUCACGCAUCUUGAGAGAGUGAAGAAUGAUAGGGAUGCAAAAGAAGCCAAUUUAUCUGCAGAAGAAAAUCUGCAUUCUUUAAGCAUGGAAUGGAAAGGACCACAUAGAUAUGAAUCAGAAGAAGUUGAAGUGCUUGAAGCCCUCAAACCACACUCCAAUAUGACUUGUUUAACAAUCACUGGCUUCAGAGGAAUCCGUCUCCCAGAGUGGAUGAAUCACUCAGUUUUGAAAAAUGUUGUCUCUAUUGCAAUUAGAGGUUGUGAAAACUGCUCAUGCUUACCACCGUUUGGUGAUCUGCCUUGUCUAGAAAGUCUAGAGUUAUGGAGUGGGUCUGCGGAGGUGGAGUAUGUUGAAGAUUCUGGAUUCCCAACCAGAAGAAGGUUUCCAUCUCUGAGAAAACUUACUAUAGACGAUUUUGAUAAUCUGAAAGGAUUGCUGCAAUUCCCCGUGCUUGAAGAGUUGACAAUUAGGUGUUGUCCUGUGUUUGUUAUUCCGACCCUUUCUUCUGUCAAGAAAUUGGUAGUUUAUGGGGACAAGUCAGAUGCAACAGUUUUGAGGUCCAUAUAUAAUCUUAGGGCUCUUACUUCCCUCACCAUUAGCCUUAACUCCAUAGCUACUUCGCUCCCAGAAGAGAUGUUCAAAAGCCUUGCAAAUCUCAAAUACUUGGAAAUCUCUUUCUUCGACAAUCUCAAAGAGCUGCCAAACAGCCUGGCUAGUCUCAAUGCUUUGAAGCAUCUGGAGAUUAGUUGUUGUCCCAAACUGGAGAGUCUCCCCGAGGAAGGGGUGAAAGGUUUAACUUCACUCACACAGUUAUCCAUUACAUACUGUGAGAUGCUAAAACGUUUACCAGAGGGAUUGCAGCAACUAACAAGACUGGUACAAAAUUGCUCACAUUCCUCAUCUGCUGAUUACUGAUUAGAUGUAAUUUUCUCAUUUUUCUUUUGGAAACAAAUCAACUAUUUGUAACCUCUAUUUGUAUGAUACUUGAUUUUUCUUGGUUAUGUAACAAUAAAUAUUUGAAAUUUUUCAUAUUAAA